AUGGAAAGACUACAUUACAUUUGGUACCUUUGUGCACUAAACGCUUUGCUUGGCGCUGUCGGCAAAGAAAUUUAUUCAACGAUGAACAAGCCUAAACGAAUAGAUUUUAGUCGCUGUUUAGCUAACAUUCACGAAGACCUUGACAUACCUUCCGGAGCUAAAUGCAUUAUAGCUGCAGUUGACAACAAUUUACCAGAGGUAAUAGCUGAACAAAACGCGGCUAUUCUGCGCAAAGGUAGCAAAAAAACUAAACCGGCUUAUUUGAAAAUGUAUACAGGCAAUAAUAAGACUUCAAAGCCAGAUUUUAAAACAAGGUAUGUAUUAUAA